AUGGCGACCGCAGCCUCCAACCACUACAGCCUGCUCGCCUCCGGCUCCCCCAUGGUGCACGCCGAGCCGCCCGGCGGCAUGCAGCCCGGCGGCGGCUACCGCGACGCCGGCGCCCUGGUGCAGGCGGACUACGCGCUGCAGAGCAACGGGCACCCGCUGAGCCACGCUCACCAGUGGAUCGCGGCGCUGUCCCACGGCGGCCCCGGCGGCGGCGGCGGCGGCGGCGGCGGCGGGGGAGGCGGCGGCGGCGGCGGCGGCGAGGCGCCCUGGUCGGCGGGCGCGCUCGGCCAGCCCGACAUCAAGCCGGCGGUGGUGCAAGCGGGCGGGCGCGGCGACGAGCUGCCGCCGCCGCCGCAGCACCCGCCGCCGGGGCGGGCGCCGCACCUGGUGCACCACGGCGGCGGCGGCGGAGGGCACCACGCGGCGGCGGCGGCGGCGGCGGCGGCGGCGGCGUGGCGGGCGGGCGGCGCGGCGCACCUGCCGCCCGGCAUGGCCGCGGCCAACGGCGCUCAGGCGGGGCUGCUCUACUCGCAGCCUCCCGGCUUCACCGUCAACGGGAUGCUGGGCGCCGGGCAGCCGGGGCUGCACCACCACGGCCUGCGCGACGCCCACGAGGAGCCGCCGCCGGGGCCGCCGCACCACGGCCCCGAGCACCCGCCGCCGCCCCACGGCCCCCACCCCGGGGCGGCCGGGCCGGCACCGUCCGCCGCCGCCGCCGCGCCUCCCGGCCCGCCGCCGCACCACGACCCGCACUCCGACGAGGACACGCCGACCUCGGACGACCUGGAGCAGUUCGCCAAGCAGUUCAAGCAGCGGCGCAUCAAACUGGGAUUUACCCAAGCGGACGUGGGGCUGGCGCUGGGCACCCUCUACGGAAACGUCUUCUCGCAGACCACCAUCUGCCGCUUCGAGGCCCUGCAGCUCAGCUUCAAGAACAUGUGCAAGCUGAAGCCUUUGUUGAACAAGUGGUUGGAGGAGGCGGACUCCUCCUCGGGCAGCCCCACCAGCAUAGACAAGAUCGCGGCGCAGGGCCGCAAGCGGAAAAAGCGCACCUCCAUCGAGGUGAGCGUCAAGGGCGCGCUGGAGAGCCACUUCCUCAAGUGCCCCAAGCCCUCCGCCCAGGAGAUCACCUCGCUCGCGGACAGCCUACAGCUGGAGAAGGAGGUGGUGAGAGUGUGGUUUUGUAACAGGAGACAGAAAGAGAAGCGCAUGACUCCCCCGGGAGGGACGCUGCCGGGCGCCGAGGACGUGUACGGGGCCAGCAGGGACACGCCGCCGCACCACGGGGUGCAGACCCCCGUGCAGUGA